CAUGACAAUGUGGCUUUAAGUAAACAAUAAGAAAUAAAUAAGUUCAAACGCACAUCCCUCUUUAUAAAUUGGUUCAUGAAAAAAGGGACACAAUAAAGGAAUAUUUAAGUAAGAAGAGUCAAUCAGUGCGAGAGUAUAAAGUAAAGAACCGGUUAAUAGUGCAAACAAAUCUGGAAAAGUCGUGGAUUUCUUUUAAAUAAAGUUGAAAAUAAGAAGAUCUCGUAUUUACAUUCUCUUAGUAUAAAUAAACUUAUUGGUUUUCUCUUUCCUCGUGCGAUAAUGGACAAGUAAACAUCUGAAAUUGAAGUGAGAAAAAGAAAUAUAAAACUUGCCAGAAGCAUGCAGCGAAACAUUGUUUAUGUUAGAAUAUCAAUUGCAAUGAAUUAAUUGUGCAAGCGCGAUAGCAUUGCACGAAUCGACAAAAAGAGUCUAAAAUUAUCAUUUAGAGUUUGUGAAGUGAAUUUAAUUCGUUGUAAUCCGCGAUGUUUCAAUGCAUAAUACAACAACGAAAUGGAUGGAUUCAUGUGCCAAAUCAGGAGUUUCGUGACGUGUUUCCAGAUAUUCGACUUCAACUAAAUGAACAACUGAGAUGUUUGGAUAUUCGAGUCGAGUCGCAAAUUUCACUGAUUCAGGAACUGCAAGAGUUUUAUCGACGACGUGGCGAAGUGGAAUUGGAUUACAGUAAAAGUUUAGAGAAAUUGGCAAAAAAUUUGCAAUUACGUCACAAAGAGCAAAAACAAAAACGCGAACAAUGGCCAAUGUUUUCAUCAUACGCCUGCUGGCAACAACUCAUUCAACAGACAAAAUCUUUGGCUCGUGAUCACGCAACAUUGGCCGACAUUUAUUCAACUCAACUUGUUCAACGUCUUCAAACAGUCUACGACGAUUCUCAGAGAAUUUAUAAGAAAUGUCGUGAGGUUGGAUACGAAAUUCACGAGGAAAUUCUGAGAGUUCUACAAGAGCUACACACGACUAUGAAGACUUACCAUGGCUAUCAAUUGGAUUGUCGAGAAGCUGAAAAGAAGUUGCGUGCUGCUGAAGUUCAACGCGCUAAAGUUCAACAAAGUAUACCGAAAGAGAAACUUGAACGUAACAAGAAAUUUAAAGUUAUUGAAAAGGAAGUGCUUAAGCGGAAGAACAAGUACACAGAUGCAAGAUUGAAGGCACUUAAGGCUAAGAAUGAAUAUCAACUGUGCUUGGAAGCAUCAAACACAACAAUUCAUAAAUAUUUUGUUGAAGAUUUGAGCGAUCUGAUUGAUUGUAUGGACUUGGGAUUCCAUUCCGUCAUCUCACGAGCUUUAAUGCUUCACGUCACAGCCGAUCAAGGUCGUUGUCGUCAAGUGCUAAACAAUUCCGAACUUUUAUCUCACACCAUUCACUCAAUGGAUAGUCGAGCUGAUAAGCAGAAAUUUUUGGAGCAAUAUCAUACAGCUUUUAUGAUUCCAAAGCGUCUUGAAUUUCAAGGACAACAAUCGGAAGAUCUCUUAUUACAACCACAGAAAGAUUUACCACAACCGAGUCUAACAACAAUUGUCGAAUGUGAAUUACAAAAGGCUUUAAGUGCUGAAAUGGAUUCACGAUUAGCGCAACUUGUUGCACGAACAAAUCAUUUAAGAAUGGAAUCGGAUGAGAUUUGGAAGACCGUUGAGACAGCUGAGAUUAAUUUACUUGAAAUUCUAAACCAGAAAGAUUACGACGUUAGUGGAAUUUUCGGAACUGGAAAUACAGGAAGUGACAACAAUUCAAUGCAAAGCUUCCAGCUUCAGUAUAAUUAUCAGCAACAGCAACAAAAGCUGAACGAAUCUUUAUCAACACCACAAUCGACGAAACUGCGACACGAUAAGCAAGAAAUUGAAGAAUUUUACUUGUCAAAGAUCCGUGAAUAUAUUUUGUGUACAUCGAGAAUCGCCAGACUUGAUUCGAAAGCUGAAUUCUUGAGAAAUGCGUUGACAAAAGAUUCAACUGUUCAUACAAAUGUUCUCAACAAAGUUUUGAUACCGAAACGCAAACGAAUUGGUCGAAUGAACAUUUCUGGUCGUCCAAAGCUUUUCGGUGGAUCGUUGGAAGAAUAUUUGGAAGCAACAGGUGAAGAUAUUCCCUUGAUCCUUAGAAGCUGCAUUCGAGUCAUCAAUCUUUAUGGAUUACAUCAUCAAGGAAUCUUCCGUGUAUCAGGAUCGCAAGUUGAAAUCAGCAAUUUUAAAGAGUGGUUUGAACGAGGUGAAGAUCCUUUAGCUGAAGUCACCGACGCAUCAGACAUCAACUCAAUUGCUGGCGUCUUCAAAUUAUAUCUUCGUGAACUUCGUGAACCUUUAUUUCCAACAAUUUAUUUUGAUCAUUUCAUCACAUUGGCACAACAUGAGUCGAAGCAAGAAGUUGUGACGGGAAUAAGAAAAUUCCUUCAGACACUUCCACGCUCAGUUGUUUGUGUCAUGCGAUAUCUCUUUGCAUUCUUAAAUCAUUUAUCAGAAUAUUCCGACGAGAAUAUGAUGUCAGCUUAUAAUUUAGCGAUUUGCUUUGGACCAACAUUGAUGCGAGCACCUGAAGAUAAAGAUCAGGUUCAGUAUCAGAACCAAGUGAAUGCGUUGAUUGAGAAUAUGAUCGUUUAUCAUGAAGAUAUUUUCCCGAAAGAUCUUGUCGGUGUCAAAUAUGAAAAGUACAUAACAUCGGAUACAUUUGAAGAUAUUGACAUUGGCGAUUCACCCACCGAACCAAACACUGAAGAUCCCGACACACAAUCGGAAGAUGAUUCCGAUACAUACGAAGCAACUGCACUCUUCGAUUUCGAAGCAAGAUCCGAACGAGAAUUGUCGUUUAGAAAAGGCGACAACAUUCAAUUGUAUAAUCAGAUCUCAAAUGAUUGGUGGCGAGCUUGUGUGAAUGGUAAAAUUGGACUCGUCGCUGAUAAGUUUAUAUCAUUAAAAAUUAAGGGCGAAGAACGAAGUGGAGAGAAAAACAGCGCAGAUUUCCACAUGAAAUCAUCCAGCUCUGAAGAAUCUGUUCGUAAGCGAUCACAUAGUGUCGGUGCAGCUAGCUUAGCACAAAACACGCUCUCUACAAUGACCACGACCAAUAUUUGUGAUAUCAAUGAUGUCAUCAUGGAUGCAAAACAAGAUGUAAUUGAUGGCAGCAAAACACAAAAAUAUGUUUAUCAUGAUGAUCCGCAUUCUUUUGAGACAUCAAUGGAUUAUUUAGUUGUUGCAUCGAACAACACGAGCGUAUCUUUGAGCGAAAUUCCCACAGAUCUUGUCAUUAAUCCAACAGCACCAGAAGAAGUUCAAGAUACAAGCAAAAACGAGCAUAUUUACAGCAACAGUCACUUCAAAUUCGAGUAAAGAAAAAUUAUUUCCAUUAAAACCUCGCACAGACUCCACAAACAACAAAUGGAGGCACAAAACCAGAACCAAUUUACGCUGAACCGACAAAGGCUUUAAAGAGUCCAAACGAGAAUCAAACGAAUAAUGAAUAUCAACCAUUGAGCAUAUUUCAACAAAAUCGCGAGAAAUGGCAGAAACGAGCGAGCACAACAAGUGCUGAUGAAGCUUUAUUGCUUCAAGUUAAUCAACCACAGUCAGCAAUUCUUACACGCAAUCGACUUCAACCGGAUUUAGUUAUGGAUUUGCCACCACCAUCGCAACAAGACAAUACAACUCCACCACUUUCUUCGGGAUCAACUUCAGCGUCAUCUUCAAUGACAUCACUAGAUAAACACGUCGAAGAUGUUGAAGAAGAUUCAGAAACUUUAGGAGAUCAUUUCGCAAAACAGAACCAAAGCACUUUGAAGAAGAAUGAAAAGUUUCAAGACUUAAAUUCAUCGAAGAAAAUUGCAGUUGAUAAAAGUGCAAAUUCAAACUUGGCAGAGUCAGCAAAAGUUAUUGCUGGGAAGAUUGAUGAUGUUGUUUUAAGAAUUGAUGAGCUUAAUGAGAUGGGCGGAGAUGGAAGUCGUUUAUCAUCGGGAUCUGUCAAGUCAACAUCAUCGCUUCCAAUAGAAUUAGAGAAGAGUCCAAUUCCAUUGCGUAAUACUCAGAAGUUUGUCAAUCAAUUUGCUGAUUUGAAGUUGACAGGCGGAUGUAGCACAAUUAGUAAGACAGCAACAACACCAACCAACCCUGUUAAUACUAAUCCGGAAAGAACUGAGAAAGACAGAGCGAGCUUCACUUUUGGAAGCUUUAAACCGGCGAUUUCCAUCAAACCACAAAUCUUGACCAAGAAGAAAUCAAUUUUUCUUCAAGCUCAUUCAUCAUCGUCGCCAUCCACAAGUCCCGGUCCAUCUGACGCUCAACCGUAAAUUUCUUACAUCUAUCUAGUCAUGUCUGCGUCUUUUUUAUCCGCAUAUGCUCAUUGAUAUUAACUUAAUCGUUACUCGUAAAGAUAAAGCAAAGGAAUAUUUUUUAAUCAACUUUACAAAAAAUGAAAACAAAGAAAUUUUUUUCAAUCUGGAAGGAAUUUAAUUGAAGUAGAAGAAUUGAAGGAAUUUUUUAAAUGGAAAUGAAAGCAACGAGAUUUGUUGUUAAGUGAAGUAAUUAUGUUUUUGUCUUACGGUUUAAAGUCACUUAUAGUGAAAAAUAUAAGAAAAAUAAUUCAAAACACCAAAAAUUGUUAAAUUGAUUUACAAAAAAUUUGAAAUUAAAAUUAAGAAUUUCAUCAAUUAGUGAUGGAAAAUUGUGGCAAACUUUAAAUCUUUGUUUUUGGAAUAAGAAAGGAAAUUCCCCUCGUGGUAGAUAAAACAAAACACAAACAAAAUAUUCUCUAAUUAAAUGAAAAGUUUAAAGAUUGCGAAACUUUUAUUGUUCGCUAACGUAAAAAAUAUUUUCUGAUGCUCCCAAUUGAGGUUUUAAAAAAAUCCCAAAACAUGAUGAAGAUUCAAAGAUUUGCUAAAUAGAAAGACUGAACAAAAUAUGGAAACAAAAAUUUAAAAAUGAAAAUUGGUAGCAAAAAAAAGCACAAUGAAGUAAAAUGUUUUUAAGAAAAUUGAAGAAACAAAGAAAAUU